AUGAGUCGCCGGCUGUUCGGUUGGGCACUGGUCAUCGGCUUCGGCGUGCUGAAUGGCUACACGACGUUCAAGCCCGCCUUUGAAGCCCGAGAGCUGGAGAAGCUAAAGGAAGAGGAACGCGCCGCCUCCGACCUCGGACCCAACAUGAUGGAAGUUCCUGCGAUGCGAAACGACGACACCACUAUACUCCGGGAUGGAAAUGCGCAAAAAUCCAAAGCUAGCUGA